AUGGCUGGGGUGCAGGUGGCUCCUGGCCACUCCCAGCUUCGCCGACGUCAUACUGAACGGGCUUGCCCUCACCUUUACCGUCCAGAUCAAGGAUGCCAUGUACGAGAGCCUGCUGCCCAAACUAUUCAAAUGCCCCAACUAUUCAAAGAGGAGACCGAGAUCAUCCGCGUGAGGAGGGAGCCCUUCCAUAUGGAGUGGACCACUCUGUUGGUCCCUGUGUUUUGGGCGGUGGCCAGUUUUUCGUGGGAGUCGCUCUACAUGCGCUACUUUCAGCGGGUUUUGCCCGACUACAAGUGGGACGUGAAGGGGCCCUGUUACAAGUUCCUCACCAAAGCGUUGACGGCUGACUGA